AUGCCCCCCAAGCGCCAAGGAAACAGAAGCAAGAAAGGCCCAGUAUCCAAGGGUCCCGAUUUGAAGAAAGAAUAUGAAGAUGCCAGUCGUGCGUCUAUUCCGGUAGACUGGGCAAUACCCAAGGCGAAGCGGAAAAAUGCUUUUGAUCGAAAGUACUUGGAUGAUUACGCUCAGCCUUUGUACGAGAGAGAACCGGACGAGCUACGACCAAUGCAAGCAGGCUUGCCCGAGGCUCAAAUACGCACGCCAAUUUAUCAGAAAGAUGGCAAGGACAUGGUUGCAGGAGAUGCAAAUCAAUCCAGUGCAGCAUUGCGCGACCUUUACAAUGAGAUCAAGAGGCUAAGUGCCAAGGAGCCAGACGGACUUCAUGAUAUUGCUGCACUUACUGGGCAAUUUGAAGAGGGAGACGAGAAUGCUGCCGUGGUCCUAUCAAGAGCAGAGAAUCAAGAAGUAUUUGUCUUGGACACAGAACGACGUCUGCAAGUAACCGUCAAUGAUCAAACUGCUCACGUCGAUCUCAUCCGACGGGUACCAACAGGCGUGGGGAACCAGAGGCUAGGCCAUUUUAUCGAAGUCCCCCUGGGGACAUCGAUCACCGUCAAUGGUAUCACAUACACCAAUCAGGGUAGUUCCUCGCCUACACCCUUUUUCAUCGGUCCUCUUGAAGACUUUGCCGUUAUUGAACUGCUUUCACAGCCGCUAUUCUUUUUCCGACAUGAAGGCAGCUUGAAAUAUAAGGCGACGACUAGAAAAGCCGCCCAAGACGAGAUGGAGCGUCGCGAUAGAAACGGAGAUGUUGCCAGAGAUGACGUGAUAAUCAGGUGGCUUCCAAUUGGGUCACCAGAGGUGACCUCACAAGAAGUUGGGAAUGAGGCAGAGACUACGGAAUCCAUGUCUGAACUGUUCCAAGCUCUCGCGAAUGAACAAAUACAGCAUGAGUUUGCGGAAGUUGAGGCAGUUGAAGAAGUCGAGGAAGACGAAUAUUCCGACGCAUUCACAGAGGACGGUCGGCGAAUUGAGAAUCCACACAGCUAUUUUAAAACACGUCUCAACCAACAUUUGGAAGAUAAAGUAGCUUCUCUCAUCCCCAGAGUGAUCGCUUCCAUCAACCACCGACAGCCAGAAAAUGCUGGGUUCAGUUUCAUCCAUGAAAGUACCGUCUUCCGACCAGACAGAACAUUACUCACUGCCCUCACCCAACAGUCUGGUCGCAAUCUCCUACUCGUAGCCCAGGUUCAACAGCCAGAAAAAAGAAUCAGAGUUAGAGUCCUCUAUCCGCUGUUCUGGCGUAGUUCAGGGAGCCAUCUCAGUAAGAUCAAUCAAAAUUUGCGACGUUGGAUUUUGGCGUCUGGAUCGAGCGAGCAAAUGACGGAGAACCUACUCAUGGAUACCGAAUGGGUGCCCUGUGCGCAGACCACUACCCAAGAAGCUUCUUCAACAUAUACAAUUUUGAAUGCGUGGGCCUUAGCUAUGGGUUUAGAGCCCAAUCCAGAAUUUACGCCAACUCGCCAUGGUGACGAAGCCUUCUUCAUUCAAGCAGAGGGGAUGUUCCAUCUUGCUUUAGAGAACGCCUUGACUUGGAAACUGCUUCUUUCGUUUUUACAUUGCACUGAAUUUGUGAAGCCAGCUGUUACGAGGGAGACUGAUGAUGACGAAGAUGCUGACCUGCCAGCUCAGGAUCGCCGUUUUGAUCUGCGAAAACGCCCUUUUGACACUCUGAUUGCUAAUCAGACAAAAGCCGACGAGACUUUCCCAGCAAAGGAAAUAGAGACGAAGCAGACUCCCGUGCAGCUCGAAGAUGGCAUUCUUCACAGCGAAACAAACCGUUCAGAUUCGCUCUCUAACAAACAACUGAAUGAGCUGUUACCCCUUGUGCGUGAAGGAAGAUGGAGACUGCAAGAUAUUGCAAAGCGGCCAGAACAAUACUACUACGAGGACACAGAAACAUCUGAAGAGUCUUUCGAGACUCCCUUGCCGGUGAAAGAUUCACCUGUCCAGCCUCUUCAAUUGGAUACCUUUCCCGUACCAGCUGAGUUCAGUCUCUGCGAAUAUCUCCGUGAAGAGCUGAACAAGCUAGCCAAUGGUAAUCAGAUCAAUCAGAAUGAUCAACUAGAAGCACUUACAACAAAGACACCCCCGUUAACCAAGAACGAGAUCCGAGAGAGCAUAGCAUCCGUUAUCCGAGCCGUCAACCAACGCCACCCCCCAGGCGCAGGCUUCACCACCGAAUCCUCCAAAACCGAGCUCGAAUCGUCCAUCACCAAAAACGGAGACUUAAUCUCAGUAUACAUGCUAGAGGCAACCGAAACGCACAACCUCUGCAUCCUGACACAGAACUCCGGACCCAACAAGAAUACCGACACCGUCAUCGACUCCGCACCCUGGCUAACAAGCAAAGCCACCAGAGCCAAGAUAUUUAGUCAUCUCGGCUCCCAGGAACCCAUCACAGGGCUUCUUAAGUGGGUGUUUGCACCGCAACAGGCACACGAGCAUCAUGACGGAUAUCAUGUUGUGCUUAACGCAUGGAGUAUCUUGUUGAAUUUGCCUUUGAACGGCGGGGGCUUCGUUUCAAGCCCAGAAUUCAUCCGCGAUGCACGUCACGUCAUUCAGGCUGCGCUGCGGGGCGAGGCGAACUGGCUACUUAUCUGGGCUUUGCUGCGCUGUCAUGAGUACGUAGCUUCGACGGAGGCACCGGGGCUAGGCAGGAGAUUUGCUAGGACGAUACCGGAGAGUGAGCAAGAAGCGUAUGAGGCGUUUAUGCGAACGAAAAAGGGGGAAUUUGUCAGGGAGCGUGUGAAUGUGUGUGAGCUAUUUUUAGCUGGAUCAAUCCAAAACCACGACGAUUCAUUCCUUUGGGAUCGUCUCGAUACGGAGGAUCGAAACACAAGGAUUCCCGAAUUACAGCGCAACGGGCUUUUCGACAGCACUUUGUCUCGCGACGAGAUCCGAAGUCGAUAUGCCACACUGAGUAAACAUAUCAGCCCGUGCGAGUCCCUGCGAGAUACCCUGAGUCAGCUGCUAGCGAAUGAGGAGAUACAGAAGGAGUUGGAAGAAUUUCGAAGCAACGACAUAAUAACGACAGAGAAGGGAGAGUGGCUAGACGAUUCUGAAAGCGCACUCGCUAUAAGCGCCGUCACCAUGGCCAUCAACCAGAUGCAGAGUAUCGAAGAAGGAUUCAGCAUCGUUCAAAGUCAAUUCGUGCAGUUAUGCCAGGCUUGCGGAGGGGCUGACAUGGAAAACUGUAUGCUCGACGCUCUUCGUCCUGGGCGGCCACUGCUUGCUCCAAUCUCGUUCAAGAGCCAUAUUGUUCUUCUCCUUGCCCAAUUAGACGAGCAAGGCCGACCAACAAUUUCCUUUGUGGAUUCUUUGUUCUGUCAUUACGAUGCAGAAGAUCGUGAGAAAUUGUUCAAUAUUGGCUGGCAGGUUCUCCGUGGCUCCUCUUGGUGGCGGGGUGUCUUCGCGGAUAAAAAUGCCUUUGAGAAGGUGAAACCAAAGUCCGCGACGUGGGUAGAGACAGCUCGCCAGCCGAGCUCGAACGAAUGCGGAUACUUUACGAUCCUGAAUGCAUGGGGUCUGGCUAUGGGAUUGGAGCUCAAUCAAGAUGUUCGACUGCGAUGGACUGAUUCGUUCUUCCAAGAGCUGCAAGACAUGGUGCAUCUUGUGCGUCUCGGACACGCCAAUUGGAAACUCAUGUUUGAUUUCCUGCAGUGUCACGACAUUGUUCGAGAUGGUAUUGUACCGGGGAACAGGCGAUUUUCUAGGACUCAUUCGACACGGGCCGAGCCAAAAUUUGAUGAUAAUCUGGCAAACCUCCUGGCCACGGAAAAGUUGCACUGGGCUAGACAAAAAUAUCAGACAGAAGCGUUGGAACGCAUCCGAAAUGCGAACCGCAUUCCAAACAUGACUGGGAGACCACAUAACGGGAAGAAAGCGUUCCCUUCCGACGGAUGGAUUGAUGUCACAAAGAAAUAUGAAUACGUGCCACGACUGCAGCGUUUCGGUCUCCUCAACAUUGAUCAUAGGGAGAGGGAAAUGGAGGCAGCCUUUAGAAAUCUGUCGAAGACCCGAGUAGAAAGCUGCCUAAAGAAAUUACCACCAGCAAACUCGCAGUCUAUUACAUCCAACCAAGAAGCCCUUCUACAAGUAAUCCGCGACGAGAUCAAGUUGCAGUACGAAGGCAUGGACUCAGACAUCCAAAGGGAGCCCCACGAAUGGAUCGAAGAUACCCUUGAUUUUUAUGACCAAAUUCGAAAGACCGCCAAGCUGCAGCAGAUGCUGAGCAACAAGGGUAUUGUGAAACCGAAUGACUGGCAACGUCUUAUGGAGGACUCCGAUUUGAACCUCGCCAUGGCAUCUGUUCUGGAAGCCAUUGACAACCUACAGUCGGGUCUGCACGCAGCGUCGGGAUCGCAACACCCCUUUGCCAGUGGUUUUGCUUUGACAACCAGCAACGCCCUCCAGAUGGCACUGCACGGGAUCGAAAGCGUCCCCUUCUCGCGCCCGCGAAGGACCUGGCUCAUCCCACUAGUCGCGACCAAAAACGGAUUACUAGAGCAACUCGAAGUCUGGGCUAAGACGAACGGCAAGAAGUAUAAAAGCCCCACUGGUCGUGCAGGCGGUCACGCAUUCCUCGUCGUCGUCCAAGAAGCAAUCAACCACGACCCCGAAAACCCAGCCGAGACGCGUUUCGAAACCCACAUUUUCGACAGCUGUCUCCGCAUCUUCGACGAUGUUCGAGAUUUCUUCAGCGUGCGCGUGGAAAAUGCCGCUGCGUCACUGAAGUGGUCGACGCAACGCAACGAAUUCGGUGCUGUGCAAUUCGACACUGGAGCGUUCAUUCACGAGAACCUUCCUCAGCAGAUGGCAGGGGGUUUCCAGUGCGGUCACCACGUAUUGAUCAACGCCUGGAUCAUCGCCAUGGGCCUUCACUUCGACCCCGAAGCGCAAUACACCACCGAGAUCUACAAACAGCUCUACACGCUUGCUCAAGCCGCUACGGCUGGUAUUCUCGACUGGCGAACCCUGGCCGCGUGGUUCUUCUGUCACAAGCUCACCGUCGAGCGCACUUUUGAUGCCGUACCCGAGAAUCGCCGGUUCGGAUGUACCGUCGUGCAACGCGAUGAGCGUACGCUAGAGGGUAGGAUUACAGAGCAGUAUGCAGUCCAAGAUGCGGCGCUCGAGAUGUUCAGCCUGGCGCAGGUGCCGUAUGAUUAUUCGAAUAACUUUCAUACUGAGAAUAGUGGAGAGGAUAGCGAUAGUUCGAAUAGUUUGUUUGGGUUGAAGAGGCGCGUUGAUGAUGCUGAAGGGGAUUUUCUGGAGAAGCGCAGGGGAAUCAAGAGGAAGUGGACGAGGGGCCUGAGGUUCUUGGAUCGGUAUGGUGAGGGCGAUGGUGAACAGAAUGCAGGAGGCCAGGCUGGGAAGAAGCGCCGGUUGCUUGGUCAUUUGACUCCGCUGGAUGUUCAGGAUUAG